UAUCAAAAAUGACAUUGAAAAUUGCAACACGCGAUAAAAUAUCGAUACUAUCGCACUUUCGUGACGUCAUUAAAACAAAAUGGCUGUGACGAAAGAUCUGGCGGGCUUUGAUCGAAUUGUGGAUAAUCAACAAUACCUAAUAAUGAAUUAAUGCUUAUUAAUUACUAAUAUUUAAAACGUUGCAGUGAUAUAGAAAAGAAAUAGACGUGUAUUCGUAAAUUAUUAAUAAUAUGGCCUUCCAUUCCGAAGGUGGACUAGAGCUAUUAUCGAGAUUUAGCGAGAAACCGCGUUCAAUUAACCUCGACAACGUUCUAUUUUCGAGCGAUGUCAACAACAGGAGCAUCAUAGAGAUCGUCGGACCGUCGUCCACUGGAAAGACUCUAUUACUGUGCCAAUUCAUAGCGAAAUGCAUAUUGCCAGCACGGUACAAAGGUAUCAAGAUCGACGGUUGCGAUGCCUGUUCGAUACUGAUUGACACGCUCGGCCAUGUGCAGAUGAACAAGAUAGCUGAGCUAAUGACUUCCACAGUACACAAUGCAUAUCAGGAAGCUGUGGUACAACCUCCAGCCGAGACGGUGGAUUACCUUGUAAAUAAGUCUCUAGAGAAUUUGACUGUGAUCAGCUGCUGCAAUAACAAUCAACUUCAGCUGAUUCUGCACACACUUGCAGACGAGUUUAAUGGUAAUGGAAGAAUCGCUCUGUUAGCUAUAGACAAUAUACUGGCGUACUAUUGGCAGGCGAGGAAAGAGAAGGCUAUGACUAUGGAUUACUAUGCUAAAGACUUACUUCGAAUCAUUCAGACUCAAACGUCUAAAUUUCACAUUGCAACAAUUUAUACAAGAUGGGAUGGACCGGUGACCAAACACCAGGAUUGGUUACUAUCCAAACUUCCCAAAAAUGAAUCACACACAAAAUGUACCAAUCUGUUAGAGGAGACAGGUAUAAAUUAUAGACUGCAGCUUGGCAAAAAAGCUGCAGCUCGUGAGUUUAUGUGUCACGUACAAUCUACUGAUGAUGUAAAACAAAUCUGUUAUACAAUCUCUGAUUCUGGUAUAAAAUGGAUUCAGUAAUAAUGCAAGCAAAACGUUUCAAUAAUCAAUUGAUGAAAAAAGAACCUUAUCAACUAUGUCUAAUGGAUUUAACAGUCUUGAACCUGCUAUUGUUAUUUGGCAAUUUGAAUUAAAUGAUGAUAUAAUUUCUUUGCACUCUCUUAUUUCUUCUGGUGUUAUACCUCCAAUGACAUAAACGAUAAUCCAAUUGUUGUCACAUGGAUGAUGUUUCAUUCUUCCUUUAGAGAGUAAGCUGUCAAG